AUGGAGCCAAACAAAACGCUAAAUUCGAGCUCUACCCAAUCCGCUACGGAUAAUUUACUAUCAAGAAUCGAAAGUGAUUCGGAAACGCUAUCAUCAUCGAGUAAUCAGCAAAAACCAACGGAUAGUUUGCAGGUAACAGGAGGAUCUUUGGGCGAAUCGGACAGGCGUUUGAUUCGUUUCGCGAAGCGUUUCGAACGCGAGUUGGCUGUUGUACCUAAUGGGGACAAUCCGUACGUGAGCUUCUUUAAACGGAAACCGCACAAAGCGGCGAUAUGGAAGGACCUGCCGAUGAUCGAUUGGGACGAAAUGAACGUGAACGAAAUGGCGGAAACCGUAACUCAUUGCAUAGCCGCAGAUUUCAUGGAUUGGUUCAAAUCCACCUACGGAGAUGGUGAAUCAGAUUUAAGCAUCCAAAGGAUCAAAGACAUGUUCCAAGUGGGGCCCAAUAAGUUGUCUACGAGCAGAGUUUAUAUAGAAAUGAGUAGACCGUUGGUACACCAAGCUAUUCCUUCACAAACGAAUCUUGCAGAAGAUAUAAAUUCCAAUCAAUCGGAACUGGAAACAAUGGCUAACGUGUGGAAUGGCAUAACUCACUUAAAAUCAACCAAAACCUUCUGCGAACGUUUACCAAAGUCCUAUCCGACGGUGAAGCCGCCAAAAUGCUUGGUCGAUGCUGGGUUAAUAGAUAUUAAAAUGUACAAAUAA